UAUGCUGCAGUGGCUCCUCCGGACCCACAGGCGGCGCUGUGCUGCAGGCAAGGUGUGAGAGGCACAGUGUAGAGGGUUUUGUUCCCCGAGCUCCUCGGUGCGCUGUCCACUUCAGCACCACAAAGCCGAGCGGAGGCAGCGGGCUAGCUAACGCAGAAGGGACCGAAGAUACAGCUCAACAUCAGCACCAGCGCCGACCCGAGUCCCAAAUACCGAAAAUACUGAAAAAUACCCAUCGAUACUCGACAGAAACGCCGACAGCAACGAGUCAAACGACUACAGAAAAGAUUCAGUAAUCAUGUACGAUGCAACGAGGGUGCCGUCUCCUAAAGAUGGUGCAAACGGGUUGGCCCAGCCAGUGGUCCCCGGAGCAGAAGCGGGAACAGCUGCAGGAUCCGGAGGGCCAACUGCAACUGCGGUGCUACAAGCUAAAACUGAAGAGGGGCAGCCAGGUACAGAGGAGGAGGAGGAGGACGAGGAGGAGGAGGAGGAGCCCAAAGCAGAGCCUGCCCUGGUGAAAAAGCCACACAGAGAGAUUUUGGACCAUGAGAGGAAGAGGAGAGUGGAGCUCAAAUGUAUGGAGCUCCAGGAAAUGAUGGAGGAGCAGGGGUACACAGAAGAAGAGAUCCGACAGAAAGUGAGCACAUUCAGACAAAUGCUGAUGGACAAAGAGGGCGUUAUCACCAGAGAAGGCUCUCACACGCAACCAAUGGUCAACCACCUGCACUAUCCGCCUGACGAGUACGAAGAGAACCCUGACGUGGUUGGCUAUGAAGAUGGAGACUAUGGCCAUGACUACCACAGUGAGAACAGGGUGAAGAGGAAAUCAAGCAGCUCUCCUUCCCCUCGUCCAAAGAAAAGGAAGAAGAAGAAAUCUGGCCGUCGAAGGAGUCGGUUUGGCAGCUCCUCACCCACUCGUAGAGAGAAGAAGAAAAAAGAGUGGGAAAAACACAAGCGAGACAGAUCUGCAUCUGGCACCAGGAAAAAGAGAAGAUACAGGUAUGUCGGGCAGCCCAAAGACAAAACAAAAGACAAGAACAAACAGAAAAAGAGGUCCCCCGGUGAAACACCCAGCAGGAGUUCACAGCGUCAAGGCAGCUGCUGCAGCUCUCGAAGCGCCUCCCUGUCCUCCACCAGGAGCACCUCCAAAUCACCCACCAGAUUAAACUCCAAACACAAGAUGGACGGUCAGAAGGUGUCUGGCACCCUGCAGUCUGCGGGCCCCGAGAGUCCCGCCACGUGGCACAACGGGGACCACACCCAGCACCGCAACGGAAAGGCCGGCAGACUCAACCACACCGAUGGCGAGAAAGGGAACGAUAACAUUCCUUUCUCCUUUUUUUUUCUUUUUUUCUUCUUUCCUUUUUUUGUUGAUAUUGCAUACGUGUCACUGAUUGAAAUGGAAGGAGGGAAUACCACUUUAUUGAAGCUCCAUAUGCUGACUGCCAGCUCUGCGAGUAUCCAGUCAUCUCUGCUGAGAGAGCACAAGCUCCACAAUGCCCCCAUCAGGAGCCAGACAGGAAAGAUGUGUGUGCCAGAAGAGGCUGGGAGUGUUGAUGGCAGGGGCACCACUAUAGGGAGCUCUGUAAGCAAGGCGUCAGGGAGAAGAGGGGGCCAGAGAGGCCAGAAUAAGAGCUCCCACUCCCCUGCUCACAGCAGCAACUCGACCCACUCCCAGCACAACCACACCCACAGAGGGAGGGGCUCUCGCCACCAGAGAAAGACAAAAGGUGGCCACUCUUCCAAGAGGCACCACCGAUCCAGUCGGGGUCAGGCACACCACCGGAGCACCUCUGCAUCUCCGGGGCGGCAAUCGCACACGUCAGGCAACAAAGUCGGGAGCAAGGCAAACCUCCGACAGCGCAGCAGCUCCUGGAGCAGCGGGCGUUCAUCCUCGCCCUCUGCCUCCAGAGACAGAGGCCCCAGCAAGGCCAAGUCCCCACACAACAGACAGAACACCUCCAGAGACAGGGAGAGUCCUAACCGCUCUGACACCGACAGCCGAGCUCGCCGCCGCUCACGCAGCUACUCACCUAUCCGCAAAAGAAGAAGAGAUUCCCCCAGCUUCAUGGAGGCUCGUAGGAUCACCAGCGCUCGAAAGCGGCCCAUCCCAUACUACCGGCCAAGUCCUUCAUCUUCCAGCUAUGACAGCAGCCCGUCACGAUCCAGCCGCAGCCACAGCCGCAGCUACAGCAGCUAUAGCCGCAGCAGAAGCCACAGCCGGAGCCACAGCAGGAGCCGGAGCUGGAGCCGAAGCCACAGCUGGAGUCGCAGCCAGAGCCGGAGCUGGAGUCGCAGCAGGAGCCGUUCCCACAGCCACCACAGUUACUACAGCCGCAGCAGCUACGGCAGUCCGGGAUUCUGAUCUCGACCAACAGGACAGGAGGAGAAAACAGAAACAUUAGGAGAAGGAGAAGUGCGGUUAUAUCUGCCGCACUCCAAUAGAAUCAUUACGUAUCUUUAGCAAGCCCUCAGCAGGGGCCGCACUGCUGUACGGUCCAGGAUCCAAACUCCUCCACCCUGGAUCGUUCUGUCUCUAACACAGAGCCUGGAUCAAAGAGGAGAAAUGUAUUUUGAUAUAGGACAUUACCAUGAAAUUGGCUGUCACUGUUCAUGUCUUCACAUCUACAAGGUAUUCAAGGAAAGGUUUUUUUUUGUUGUUUUUGUUUUUUUACAUGUCCAAAACGAAUUGGCUGAGCCCAAAGAACAAAUCUCACUGUAUGUCAGCACUUUCCUUCUCAUCUUCCACACAGCAACCAAAAACGAAUUCACUACAGUUAUUUAAAUAUAUAUAUAUACAUAUAAUAUAUAUAUAUAUAUAUAUAUAUAUCCUAAAAAUAGGGGCUGAGUAGAAGACAAAAAGAAGACAGACAAACAGUUUACUGUACAUUUCAGAGAAUCAUUUUUUCCUUCAUCAUGUACUCAUCAUCCCCAAAGACUUCCAGUUCAUCCAAGCACAGAGAUCAACAAAAGUGAGAACAAAAGAGAAGUCAGAGGAUGAAUUGGGAAAAAGGGGGAAAAAAAGAAAAAAGAAAAUGAACUGUUUUUUUAGGAGAAAAUGGUAUUGCAUAGGUUUGUGUGUAUAGAUGUAAACUCUGGCUUUGUAAACUAUGCACUGUAUAUUCCAUAUAGUUUGAGGAGGUGUGUUAAGCAUGAUGUAUCAGGAGAGACUCAAAGGACCUGAUGGAAAUGAAAGGUGCCCGCAGGGUGGCUCUGUGCCCCCCCGACCGUUAUAUUACCUGCAUACAGAGGUGAAUGAAGCAGGAGGGGGAGGGGCUGUGUGUGUUAUGUACUUUUACUCUCUUCCCUGUUUAAAUAAUUAUGUUCAUUAUGCUAAUCCUGUGCGAAUGUGUGUGAGUGUAUGUGCGUGCGCGCGCGUGUGUGUGCGCGUGCUCCUUUGCAAAGAUCAACGAGGUAAUGAUUUACGUGAGCUGCUGUAUGGUACUGUACUGCAAAAAGUCUCCAUGCACACAUGUGAGUUGACCUCAGCUAUUUAUAAAACUUGCUGUAUUUAUUCAUUUAUUUAUUUAUUUAUUGUUUAAUUUAUUUAUCAUUUGGCUGUGAAGCAGUUGGAUCAUGCUUUAGAGAUGAGUUUGCUGCGAGAUGUGAGAAAAAAAAACCAACUGUACAUGUCCACGUUAUACACAAAAGCAGUUUCUUGUCUCAAAGGCUUGCUCCCAUUAUCAGAUUAACGAGCAGUGUGCAGAUUCACUGCUGCGCGUGUGAGGAGCUCUGAUUUGAGCCAGUUGAACUGAGUGUUCACCCACAGUUACUCCCACGUCUGCCAUUAUCGCAUCCCCGGCCGCUAUAAUGACUCAUAGUAACGCGGGGCCGCUGUGGCUCUGCCUGCACUGUGGGAGGAAGAGGGCUCAGCCUGGAGCAGCCUGAAGAGUCUAUUACUCUACUGUACAUUUCCAUACUACAGUCCCUUGUAUAAUCAGCCACAUGUUUCUAGCAGAGGUCCCCUGGUUACUGACUGCAAAAGAAAAUGAGUGGUAGCAUAGCAGACACUGUGUCUGCAGCUCCAUGAGGGCGGUUAACAAACAGGCGAUACAAUCAGGGAUCAGCCUAAGUCUUCCUUACCAUUCGUCCGGUCUCAUGCACAUGCAUUUCCUGUGUAACCAGACUUUAAUCCAACUAUGAUACUCUGCAACCUGACCAUUUAUUCCAAGUAUAGCAUUGCCCCUUUGGUUCUGCAAAUCAUUCUUUGUAUUGUACAAGUUAUUAUACCUGACAAUAAACAGAAACUAAUGGGGAAAUGA